ACCCUCUUUUAUUUAUAAACCCUUCUUUCUAUAUGCUUAAUUAUCCGUAUCCAUAUUCCUCCCUCAUAUCUCUUCUUCUUCUUCUUCUUCUUCUUCUUCUUCUUCUUCUUCUCUCUGGGUUUUCUUGUAGCAAUUCUUGAUUUCAUUAUUUUCUUGAUAUUAUAUCAAACAAAAACAUGAGACGAAACUGCAACCUUGAACUCCGCCUCGUUCCCAACUUCAAUCCCGACCACCUCCACCACCAACCAAUAUUGGAGGAAAAGGAGAGUAGCAGUGAUGAUCAAAGGCAACAGCUGACUAUUUUCUACAAUGGUAACGUCUGCGUAUGUAAUGUUACAGAGCUUCAAGCUAGAGCAAUUCUAUUGCUAGCAAGAGGAGAAAUGGAAGAAAAAAUGAGAAGCCCAAUGGGAACCCCAACGGGGUCAGAAAUAGCUUCUCCAACUCUGCCAUCUCAGGUGUGUAGCCCUACAGCAGCUGGUCUUUCCAUGAAGAGAUCAAUCCAACGCUUCCUCCAGAAGAGGAAGCAUAGGGUCCAAACAACUUCUCCUUACAAUCAUUAAUUAAUUAUAUUUAUUAACCUUAAUUAACAUGCAUGGGCUUUUCAUAAUCAUAUAUAUUACCGAGAAAGAAAAAUUUCUUAGCAUAGGGAUCGAUCAAUUCAUGUUAAUUAAGGAAACCCUUCUGAUGAAUGGUUGUAUGCUAUGAGGCUUGUAAAUAAUGAGCAGUGUGGCUUAAUUAGUGUUCCUUAGAAUUAUACAUAAAAUAUUUGAGUUGUUUAUUA